AUGGCUUUGCGGUCGCCAGGUGAGGUGUGCUACCCGCACGAGAGGCUCCAGAGCAGCCCCCAACACCUGGCUCCCUACUACACGCCCUUCCCACCCUACGGACCCUACGGGAACAGCCUGACCGCCGCGGAGGAAAAUUACCAACAUUUCCCUGUUCCUGCCGUGUCUGCGUCCCAGGCCGUGGCCCCCUUCGCCUUGCGGACCGCGCCUCCCUUGCUGAGCCCGGGCCUGGCCCUACAGAGGGAGCCGAUCUACGAUCUGCCCUGGCCUGGCAAGCUGCCACCGUGGUACCCAUUUCCCCACUUCCCCAAGGAGCUGCAACACUUCGCGAAUAGCAACCGCGACUAUACUGGGGUCACCAGUGAAGACCUGGCCCGCAUUGGUGGCCGAAGCGACAGUGGCCCUUGUUAUGGACCUGACAUUUUCAUUCCACCGCCGCCCCCUGCGGGUGCUUCCCUGGUACCUGAGGAGCUGAACAAGCGGUCUGAAGAUGACUCCAAACUCCUGAACCAGGAGAGGAAGUCCACUCACCGGUACCACUUCACCCAGGAGGACCUGCACUUAGUUCUGUACGGGGUCAUUCCCAGCCUGGAGCACUCAGCGCACCUGCACCAUGCAGCUUCGGGCCUCCUGGUCCCCACAGACGGCUCUGGGUCUGAGUGUCUUCCUCAAACUCUGGAUCAAGACUCUCUUCAACUGCCGGAAGGUCUCUGCCUCAGGCAGCUGCUGUUUGGUGAAGUCCCACAUUUUGGUGUGUUCUGCUGUAGCCUCAUUGCCAAAGGAGUCAGGUUUGGGCCCUUUCAAGGUAAAGUGGUCAACGCCAGUGAAGUCAAGACCUACGGAGACAAUUCUCUGAUGUGGGAGAUCUUUGAAGAUGGUCGUUUGAGUCACUUUAUAGAUGGAAAAGGAGGUGCAGGGAACUGGAUGUCUUAUGUCAACUGUGCCCGUUUCCCCAAGGAGCAGAACCUAGUUGCAGUGCAGUGCCAAGGGCAGAUAUUUUAUGAGAGCUGCAAGGAUAUCUACCAGAACCAAGAGCUCCUUGUGUGGUAUGGAGACUGCUAUGAAAAGUUUUUGGACAUUCCCGUGAGCCUUCAGGUGACCGAGCAGGGGAAGCAGGCGGCUGGGCCCCCUGAAGAGUCCGCAGAAGGCUACAGAUGUGACCGGUGUGGGAAGGUGUUCACCUACAGAUACUACAGAGAUAAGCAUCUCAAGUACACCCCCUGCGUGGACAAGGGCGACAGGAAAUUCCCCUGCGCUCUCUGCAAACGGUCCUUCGAGAAGCGCGACCGGCUCCGAAUCCAUAUCCUCCACGUUCACGAGAAGCACCGGCCUCACAAGUGCUCUACGUGUGGGAAAUGUUUCUCUCAGUCUUCCAGCCUAAACAAGCACAUGAGAGUCCACUCUGGAGACAGACCCUACCAGUGUGUGUACUGUACAAAGAAGUUCACGGCGUCCAGCAUUCUCCGCACGCACAUCCGCCAGCACUCGGGGGAGAAGCCCUUCAAGUGCAAGCACUGCGGCAAGGCGUUCGCGUCCCACGCCGCCCACGACAGCCACGUCCGCCGCUCGCACAAGGAGGGCCAGGGCGGCCCCUGCCGCGUGUGCGGGGAGAGCCCGGCGCGCCCCGGAGCCCCGUGCCCGCACGCGGGGGCGCACGGAGCCCGCUAG